CGGCUUUUGGCGCAAACGACGCCCGAAAACAUUUCGCUCAAAGACUCGCUUUUGCCGCAAAAUCGGUACAAAAAGUGGACGAAGAACGCGAUCAACGAAAUCAAGAUCAAUAUCCAACAUCUCAUUGGUCCACAACUGCCGCAAACUCCGCCCCAAACCCGAUCUCUGGCCGCGAAACGCGCGCGAAGAGCGACAGUCGCCGUGACGUCACGUGACGUCGAGGACAACGAUUUGGAGGAAAUUCGAAAGGAAUUAGAAAUUCAAAGAAUAAGAGAAAAGACGACAGAAUUGACGACACAUUCGACGACAGAACUGACGACAGAACUGACGACAGAGACGUCGACGACGACAGAGGAGACGACGUGUCGCGCGAGUACUUCCAUCCAAAGCAAAGCCGAUUGGCUGUUGGGCUCGAGUCAGACGCCCGCAGUGGCCAACGGCCGUCCGGCGCCGUCCGAAGCGAUCGCAGAACGCGCUCUGGAGUUGGAAUCGAAGAUGCUUUUGGAGAAAAAACCGUUUUCGGGGAAAUUGGAAAAAGUGGGGAAAAUCGAGAAAAACGACUUUAAUUUCAAGCCUUGGAAUGAAAACACGUUUUUCGAAUCGAAGCCGAGGAGAGAAGCGCCGCCGCCGCCGACGCUUCCCAACUCGCGCGCGAUUCUCGAGUCGCGAAAGAACCAAAUGGAGCGGAAGUUGGAGGCGAAGAAAGCGGAAACGCGACCGGAAGUGAAGACCAAAGAAUGGGUCGAAAAGAUGAAAGAGGAAUUGACGCGACGACUCGGCGCUCGAGAGGUGGCGCCACUCAAGUGCUCUUCAAUGCCGCAAUGCGUGCGCUGCGGAGUCGACGUGUCGGCCGUCGAGCGCAUCUCCGUCUGCGGACACGUUCUGCACCGUUCGUGUCUUCGGUGUUCGAAAUGCGGAAUCAGUUUACGUUUGAAUGAAUUUCGAAACGAUUUAAAGUUUUUUUGUAUCUUUUGUUUGAAAAACAAUUCGAAAAUCGAUUCUCAAAUCAAAGCGAAAGAAAUGUUUUUGAAAACCAAUCAAAAAAUAGAUUUUCGCGAAAGAAUCGAAUUUCAAAACGAAACUCAAAACGAAAUCGAAAUCAUUAACAAAACGGCAGUCAAUGAGGAGACGACACCCGACGACGAGGACGACGACCAAGUGUUGCCUUUUGACAAUUCCAGUGAAUGUGAUUCGACGACAAGUAGUGACGACGACGACAGUCAAGAGUGGGAAACAGAGGACUCGGAAGACGACAGCGAAGACGACACCGACGACGGAGAGGACGUCAGUGACGACAAGCGGACGACAGACACGACGACAGCGAUUCCGUCGAUUCGUGUGACGCGCGAGACUUCGGACAACAAGGCUUUCGACGACACGAACGACGACAACAAUAACGACAACUGCUUCCGACCGGAAGUCCGCUAUUUGGGCUCUUUCACGGAGAAGUUGUUCCGCUCGCGCUCUCAGCCGAUGAUUGCGUUCAGAAAUCGGCUGAAGAUUGCGGACAAAAUCGCGGACGACGACGACAUGGCGUCGCUGCUGACGACACUGCCGUUCGCGGACGACGUGUUCGCGGCGCAGCACUUCUCGCCGGUGCGCGCGAAAGCGCCGAUCAUAGACUUUGAGGACAUUUAAAUAAAUUUAUUUCUGUUUCAAAA